AUGGCAAGAGGCAAGGUGCAGCUCCGGCGCAUCGAGAACCCGGUGCACCGGCAGGUGACCUUCUGCAAGCGUAGGGCAGGAUUGCUGAAGAAGGCCAGGGAGCUGUCGGUGCUCUGCGAUGCCGAUAUCGGCAUCAUCGUCUUCUCCGCCCACGGCAAGCUCUAUGACCUCGCCACCACCGGAACCAUGGAUGGGCUGAUCGAGAGGUACAAGAGUGCCAGUGGAGGAGAAGGCAGCAUGCAGGCUGAUGGCUUUGGUGACCACAGAAUGGACCCAAAGCAGGAGGCAAUGGUGCUGAAGCAAGAGAUCGACCUGCUGCAGAAGGGACUGAGGUACAUUUAUGGAAACAGGGCAAAUGAGCAGAUGAGUGUUGAAGAGCUGAAUUCCCUGGAGAGAUACUUGGAGAUAUGGAUGUUCAACAUCCGCUCCGCAAAGAUGCAGAUAAUGAUUCAAGAAAUCCAAGCACUGAAGAGCAAGGAAGACAUGUUGAAAGCUGCAAACGAAAUUCUCCAGGAAAAGAUAGUAGAACAGCAUGGAUUAGUAGGACAUCAUGGAUUGAUCGACGUAGGCAUGACGAUAGCAGAUCAGCAGAAUGGGCAUUUUAGUACAGACCCACUGAUAGAAGAGAUCACUAACCCACUGACUAUACUGAGUGGCUAUUCUACUUGUAGGGGCUCAGAGAUGGGCUAUUCCUUCUGA